AGUAGCCUAUAGGUCUUGUGAGAUCAUUCGAGAAAAGUUUCUGCCCUGUCAGUUAACUGUCUCCUAAGACCGGAAGGGCCCAAGAAAGCCCCACAGUCUGUCUAUGCACUCUACUACCACUUUCGAUACAAGAAAAUGCUUUCCUAUCAGGAGAGCAUGCGCUGUAAGAGAUGAACCUACCAAAUGAACUCAACCCCAAUAAAUGCCAUCUCACAGAUGUUGCGCAAGCUAGCCUACGAGAAAUGUUGGAUGUUGGGCUUGAGCAGAUCAGUUGUACAGGAGUGUCUGAGACCUCGUGAAAUAGAAUAAAGACGCUGAGAUGUGCGCGGCACUUUAUAUUUUGUCCACGGUGACGGGGUAUGUGUUGACCUCCGCGCUACUGUUGAAAUGUCCAGCUCUGUUACACCGACGAAAGCAGGGUGUAUUCCGGAGCAGGCAUAUAUCCCAUCGCGGGGGAGCUGGAGAAAACUUGGAGAAUACAAUGGCAGCAUUCAGACAUGCGGUGCAGCUGGGCACAGACAUGUUGGAGCUGGACUGUCAUCUGACGAAGGACGAGCAAGUGGUGGUUUUGCACGAUAGCAACCUGAUGAGGUCAACAGGUGUGAGCGUUGACAUCUCCGAUGUGGCCUAUGUGGAUAUCCCUCCUUACCUCUGCAGACUUGGUGUUACCUUUCAGAAAGAGUGUUAUUGUGAGGGAGGUGACGACAAGCGUAUCCCUUUGCUGAGAGAGGUCUUCGAGAACUUCCCCACCACACCUGUCAACAUCGACAUCAAAGUCAACAAUGACACCCUCAUCAAAAAGGUCUCAGAACUAGUGGUCAAAUACGACCGGGAACAUCUGACUGUGUGGGGAAACUCUAACAAUACAAUUGUGAAGAAAUGCUUCAAGGAGAACCCACAGAUCCCAUUGCUGUUCAGCAUGCCCAGAGUGCUGCUCCUGGUGGGGCUCUUCUACACUGGCCUCCUGCCCUUCUUCCCUCUCAAGGAGCAGUUCCUAGAAAUCCCCAUGCCUUCCAUCAUCACCAAGUUAAGGGACCCCUCUAGAUUGACUAGGAGCCAGCGUGUGUUCAUUUGGCUUGCUGACACGCUACUGAUGAGGAAAGCACUGUUUGAUCAUUUAACUGCUAGAGGAAUACAAGUGUAUAUUUGGGUACUGAAUGAUGAGGAGGAUUUCCAACGUGCUUUUGACCUUGGCGCCACUGGAAUCAUGACCGACUAUCCAACCAAGCUGAAAGAAUUCAUAGAGAAGAACAGUAUUAGAUUAAGUAAAGAGUGAGCGGUGUGUUUAGACGUUGCGUGUCUGUCUCUCUGUCUCUUUUUGUGGAAUUACACCAACUACCAUUUUUUCAAGUUUACCUUAUGUCUUACCAGUACAGUAGAUAGACAACUAUUGUCAACCCAUUCAAAGGGCCCAUUGUUGUGGAAACCAUGUUUUUGUAUUUGUGUGUGGAAAAUGGAACGGUACUAAGAAAUGGUUUAGGGAGGCCAACAGAUUUUCCUUUGUAGUUUGAGAUCUGUGUAUUUUCAGCUGUGACAUAGGCAGCUUAUUUAUGGCCUUAUUUCCAGGUCACAAACUGCCAAAACUACAUUUAUUUUCUUUAUUGUUCUUUAAAACUUAGUGAUUUAAUAUAAAACUGCAAAUAUCAUUGUCUUAAUGAAAGUAUAAAAAUGUCCACUUAAAGAAGUCUUCUUGUGUGAGGAGAAUCAGUUUGUUCCAAUGAUGUAAUGAUAUUGCUUUUGCUAGUUUGCAGACUAUCUGUGAGAUGUCAGUGCUGUUUACAGUGUAGGGCAUCUAAACUUUAUGUCUCUUGAGCGACAUUUAAGGAAUUCAAUCACCAGCCACCUUAAAGGUAUGAUCCACACAGCAGCACCAUCUAGAGCUCUUCAUUUUAUUUGUACUAUGACCAUAUCAGAGGAGGAGAAAUCAGUAAACCAGAACUGAUCAUGGUUCCUGGCGCAGGGCAUUAAACCUGAACCAUGGUGUGGAUUUCAGUGUGCUGCACCGCUGUCACCACUGUUUUUUUUUCCCCCUUGUGGACUGUGGUGGUGGAUGUCCCUUCUUGGGGCAUCUGCUUCUUAGUUGUGGCUGAAUGUAUUGUUAUGGAACACUAAGACUUGUCCUUGUUAAAUGUGUUCUAAAUGUGACAAUUCCAAUUCAGGGGAAAGAAAUAAUUAUUUACCACUGGGCUGUUUUUAUUCAAAUAUGCACAAGUGUAUAAGGUGUUGUUUGGAUGAUUACGUAUGUAUAUUUGACAUCAGCACAAUGUCUUUUAUUUUCAUUAUUUGUUUUGUUGGAUGCAUACUAUUAUACAGAUUGUCAUACACUGGUGAGUUGAGCAAGUCAUUUUAAACAAGGUUAAGUAUUGUUGAUAAUGUACUAUUUAUGCAUGGACUUCUUUGCAAUAAAGGGCUUUUAAAAAAGCACAUAAAAAUGAAGAAGUCAUUGUAACUGUUAUGGCUCAGUCAGACAAGAGUCUUCACAGGUUUGUCUGUCUGUGCUACCAGUGUUAACCUCUGAAACAGAUACUGUACAAUAUACUGUAGGUGUUGAGUGGCUUUUCAUUCUCAAUGAGAAUGUGUGGCAACAAUGCAAUAUGACGAACUGCUAAAACAGGUAUAGUUUUCCAUAUCAGUCUGGAUGUUUUGUAACAUGGGCACUGUGUUUCACUGUCUUUUUCAAGUCAUGUACCUUAUUGCUGUUAGUUGUCUGAAUUUUACGAAUAGUGAUUCAUUUUCAGUGAUUACUGUGUAUGUCUGUUUAAUAAAUUAUUUUUGAGAUCA